AACGCUCCGAAAAAGAAUAGAGAGAGAAAGCUACAGACAGACAGAGAGGGGGGGGAAGAACAUGAACAGAAAAAACCUCAAAAUCCUCGUCUCUCUCUUCGCACUCAACUCAAUCUCUCUCUACCUCUACUUCUCUUCUCACCCCGACCACUUCCGUCACAAAUCUCGAUCGGAAAACUACCACUCGUUGACGCAAAACCACUCCUCCCACUUCCAGUUUUCCGUUACCUCACACGUCAAGCCAUGGCCAAUCUUACCUUCAUAUCUUCCCUGGUCCCAAAACCUCAACGUCCCCUUCAGAUCAUGCGAAGGUUAUUUCGGAAACGGCUUCACUCGCCGCAUCGAUGUUCUUAAAUCCACUUCGCCGGAGAUGCGCCGGAAAUAUGGCUCCUCCGCCGUCCAUGGACGAUCCGGUGGUGGAGGAUGGUUUAGGUGUUUGUAUAGUGAGACGUUGCGGAGUUCGAUAUGUGAAGGAGGUAGAAUUCGGAUGAAUCUGGAGAAGAUUCGGAUGUCGAAAGGAGGAGAGAGAUUGGAGACGGUGAUCGGGAGAGGAGAGGAUGAGGAAUUGCCGGAGUUUGAAUUUGGAGCUUUCGAUGUUGAAGUUCUUGAUAGAUCCAGUCGCGGAAAGAAGCUUGCGAGUGGAGAAUUCCUUGAUCAGUAUGUGCAAAAUGGUGCGAUUGAGAGGCACACUAUGCGUGGGUUAAUCGAUUCGAUUCGGCUAGUUGGCGCCAGUGAGUUUCAAUGCUCGGAGUGGGUCGAGGAGCCAACACUUUUAAUUACACGCUAUGAGUAUGCGAACCUUUUUCACACGGUUACUGAUUGGUACAGUGCAUACGUGGCUUCUAGAGUUACUGGCUUGCCUAAUCGGCCUCGUUUGGUUUUUGUAGAUGGUCAUUGUGAGACGCCUUUGGAAGAAACAUGGAAGGCAUUGUUUUCGAGCCUCACAUAUGCUAAAAACUUCAGCGGUUCAGUAUGCUUUCGCCACGCCAUCCUCUCACCUUUAGGAUAUGAAACUCCUCUAUUUAAGGGUCUGUCUGAAAACAUAAAUUGUCAUGGAGCAUUUGCACAUGACUUGUGGCAAAACCCUGAUGAUCAGAAAACUGCACGACUGUCGGAGUUUGGAGAGAUGAUUAGAGCAGCUUUUGGGUUUCCUGUAAAUCGGCACCGUACCCCAAAACUGGUCUCAGGACACAAUGUCCUAUUUGUUCGACGCGAGGAUUAUUUAGCUCAUCCACGACAUGGUGGUCAGGUCCAAUCAAGGCUUAGCAAUGAACAACAAGUGUUUGAUUCUAUAAAGAGCUGGGCAUCAAGUCAUUUGGAAUGCAAAGUGAAUGUUAUUAAUGGACUAUUUGCACACAUGCCCAUGAAAGAGCAGGUUCGAGCCAUUCAAGAUGCUUCCGUCAUUGUUGGAGCCCAUGGGGCUGGUCUCACUCACAUAGUUUCUGCCACAGCAAAAACAGUGGUUCUUGAGAUCAUUAGCAGCGAAUACAGACGCCCGCACUUUGCAUUGAUUGCUCAGUGGAAAGGGUUGGAGUAUCAUGCCAUAAAUUUGGAUGGCUCUUAUGCUAAUCCACCCAUGGUUAUCAACAAGCUUAGCAGCAUCUUAAAGAGUCUUGGGUGCUGAAAUUAUUGAAUGUUGGGUUUUCCUCGUUUACUCCUGAUUGCUGGAAAUUAGAAAGAUGACUGUUUAUCGUCCCAAAGUACCUAUGGGAACAUGUUCAAGCUUUAAAUCCCAUGGUUAACCUGUGACUGCUGUUUUUCACAUUUUUGUUAGAUUCAAAUUGAGGUUCGAGCAAGGGACUAAUUUUCAGAGUUUAGGCUAUUGAUAGUUAGUCAAGGGAUGGCGGAUUAAGGCAGUUGCACUCGUUAAUAUAGGGCUCGGUCACGAGGGAUUGGCAGCAAAAGAGAUAGGCAAUGAUGCAGUUCUGGGAGUAGAUUUCAAGUGAUUGGUGGAUAGAUGAAGACAUUGUGGUUGUUUAGUGCUUGACAGUAUUUCUGCUACAGUUUUUGUGAACUUUUGUGACAUUCAGGGUUGACUGGACACAGGUCUCUUGAUUUUGCUCACCAACUGGUAAUUUCUCCUCUUACACGAACAGUAUACCCGUUGUCAAUACACAUUCUUUAUUUGCAGAGGCUACUCUUUAGAAUAUAGCAGAGUUGAUCUGUCCAUUUAUUCAAAAUUUCAAAGGAAAAUGAAUCUACAUCCUCCAGUAAAUGCAACUCAACAAACUCUUCAAAUUCUUUUUUGGCUCUCUCUAUUGAUGUUUUCAAUAUAGUAAAUCCUUUAAUGUCCCUUUUUUGGUCUUCCGUAAACCUGCUUCAAAAUCAUUUUUUUUUUUUGGUUUUCUUUUCCCUCCUUUGCUUUUGAAAGAUUUGAGAGAGUGAGAGAGAGAGAGGAUUGGCCCGUUGGUCACAUAUUGUUUGUUCUUGAGGCUCUGAUUAAUGGGAUUGGUUUUCUUUUAAUUGAAUAUCUGUAUUUUUCUUUUUCCAUGAUGUAUGUCUAGAUAC